GCUCGGCCCCGCCCACCUGAGUCACUUCCCUUCGCGCGCGCGGCCUGGACCCGGGAGCGAGGCCAUGCAGAGCUACCGGGGUCUCACGGACAAGGAGCUGCUGGAGAAGCUCAAGAGCUGCCGCAUCCCCCACGGCCCCAUCGUGGGCUCCACGCGGAAGCUGUACGAGAAGAAGAUCUACGAGUACGAGACGCAGCGGAGCCGCGUGGGGGGCAGCGAGCCCGGCCCCUCGGAGGCCUUCGCGCAGGAGUCGUACCAGGGCCCGGAUGCUGAUCUCAGCCCCUCGUGGUCCUACCUGAGAGAGCCGCGGUGGGAGCACCGCUUCCGGGACGAUCCCAGCCCCACGCGCACCCACACGCGGGAGUUUUACGAUUUCCCCGAGCAAGAGGAUGAGAGCGGCUACGACGCUGCUGCCGACGACCUGCCCCCCCGGGAAUAUGGGGGUCCAGCCCGCGCCCGCCAGCCCAUCGGGGAGCGUUUCCGGGCCCCCCCCAGCCUGACGGAGCGGGAGGAGAGGCCCCGCCGGCCCUGGGGGGGCUCGGCCGGGGCCCCCCUGCGCCUGGAGCCCCGGCAGGCCAUCCGGCCCCCCCGGGCGCCCCCCGCCGCCCCCCCGGCCGGGGGCCGCGUCCUGCCCCUGGGGGCGCAGCUGGCCGCCUUCGGGGCGCUCGUCGCCUUCCUGCUCUACGUCUACUUCGGGCUCCAGGGGGGGCGGCCCCCCGCCCCCGGCAUCCAGGGCUGAGCCCCCCCGGCGUCGCCCCUCGGAUUCCCCCCACCACCCCAGAUCCCCCCUGGCGUCACCCCCCGGAUCCCCCCCAUCGUCACCCCCCGGAUCCCCCCCCCCGGUGUUGCCCCUCGGAUCCCCCCCCCAUCCCCUCCAGCAUCGCCCCUCGGACCCCCCCCCCGGCGUCACCCCUCGGAUUCCCCCCCCCCCCAGGUCCCCCCAGUGUCACCCCCGGAUCCCCCCAGCGUCGCCCCUCGGACCCCCCCCCCGGCGUCGCCCCUCGGAUCCCCCCGGCGUCGCCCCUUGGAUCCCCCCCAUCCCCCCCAGCGUCACCCCUCGGACCCCCCCCCCGGCGUCGCCCCU